AUGAGGCAGCUUAUGAGGUGCAUUGAGGAGUAUAAACGCCUGGAAGAUGAUUGGCUACAAAAUAAAGGGAAAGCCCCGUUGCUCGGGAGAUCUCGGCAGGGCUUUGCCCCGGCAAGACCGAAAAAAGAUUUCAGGAUGCAAGAACCAGAGGCGCAAAUUGAGGGAGUUAAUGUGACGUUCAAAGAGCCUGUGCAUAAAAUUCUAGAUCGGAUCAAGAAUGAAUCAUUCUUUAAGUGGCCGAACAAAAUGGGGAGUGACCCAUCUCGGAGGAACCAGAACUUGUAUUGCACAUACCAUAGGGACAAAGGGCACACCACCGAGCAGUGUUGGGUACUGAAAGAUCAUCUCGAGCAGUUAGCAAAAGCGGGGUAUCUGAAAGAGUUUGUAGUGGACUCCGUUGACCAAAAUUCCGGCCAAGGUGUUCAGCAGAGAAGGAAUCCCCUCCCGCCACCAUUGGGAGUGAUCGAAGUCAUCCAUGCUACCCCGAGAGGUACGGCGGCAGCAAAAGGGGUACUGACAGUGGCUUGCAUAAAAGGAGAACUACCCGAGAAGAGGAUCAAAGUUAGUCGGCUAACCAUCUCUUUUGGGGAAGAAGACUUACAGGGGACGAUCCAACCUCAUGAUGAUGCGUUGGUGGUAAUAGCUCGGAUAAGCGGGUUCUUGGUAAAAAGAGUGAUGAUAGACCAAGGAAGCGGGGCCGACGUGAUGUACCCGGACUUGUUCGAAGGGCUCGGAUUGAAGAGUCAGGAUUUAGCGAAAUAUGACACGCCAUUGGUCUCGUUUGACGGAAGGGUCGUGGUUCUCGAAGGGCAAAUUUCUCUCUCAGUGGAUAUGGAAGGCAAGGAAGUAAUAGUGACCUUCAUAGUAGUCCGGUCAUUCUCACCGUACACUACAAUACUGGGAAGGUCGUGGAUCCACGCAAUGAAGGCCGUUUUGUCCACCCUGCACGUGAAAGUAAAAUUUCCCACCGAGUAUGGAGUCGUCGUGGUGCAAGGAAACCAACAAGUGGCUAGGCAAUGUCUGGUCGCCGCGGUCAGAUGGAAGAACGAACAGCUCGGGCAAGCGGAAGAGACCGAAAAAGAGCCUUUAUAG